UUUAAAACUUUAAUAUUAGUAAGUUUUAAAUCUUCAAUCGAUGGCAUCAAAUUUUAGAACUUGUUUAAACUGUCAAAUAAAUGAAGGCUCGAAGCAUUGUGGACGAUGCAAAGACGCUUUUUACUGCUCCCGUGAAUGUCAAGUACAACAUUGGAAGAAUGGUCACAAGAAAACGUGUAUGGUGAGGGAGCAAAAAGAAGAAAAUGAAGACAAAAUUAAUUCGCAGAGGGCAAAAAAUGAGACGUCAGAUGAAAAGAAGUUCACAGUUUGUUAUGGCUGUUUGCUGAAAGAGGCAAGCUUUCGGUGUGGCUGUUGCAAGAAACGAAUAUACUGCAGUAGAAAUUGUCAGAAAAACCAUUGGAAGCAACAUAAACAAACAUGUACUUCUCAACAUCAAGAAGAGUGCGCAAAUUCAAUGCGGUAGAGGGGAAGAAUUAUCGGCAAAAAAUUUAAGAAAAGCUCUUAACUUUUUUAUGACCCUGCCAUUCAAAAAAAAUUAUUUAAAAGAUGUUCCGAUUCCUAAUUUCCUUCUCGAGUACUGCCAAGCGUAUCCUAAUGAUGAUGUAAACACUUUUUUUUUAAAUUGGGCUUAUGAACAGCAUGAAAAAUUUGGUGAAACAGAACUAUCAUUGGAUAUAAUGGAAUGGGAUGCACAUUCACUGAAGCAAAGUUUUCAGAUGAUUACAACUGAAUUAGCUCACUUUUUGGAUGCAAACCCACGCCUGGGAGACAUAUAUAAGAACCGACCUGAGGCCACUUAUCCUAAGGAAGUUUAUCAGUUGUUUCGCAAUACUCCUGUAAAGGAAAAAUAUUUUGAUUUUGGUAAAACCUAUGUCUUUAUUGGAUAUGUGGACUUACUUCAACUUGUAAUGGGAGUAUUUACAGGUGGUUCAGGUGACAAAGUAAAUUUCUAUGGAUUUGACAUGUCAGAGAUAUGUGUGGCUCGUUCGUUGAUUAUUUACGAAAUGAUAAAAAUGCAAUUAAAUCCUAAUUCAAUCCUUGAAGUUUGGUUUUCCACAGGCUGGUGCAAUCAAACAUUAAAGGAAUUUAGAAAGGCAUGCGAUAGUGUGAUCACCACUACCAAACUCGCGCAAGAUAUAAAUGAUUUAAUAAAUCAUUGGAGAGACGCCACACUUACCCUGAAUGAAGCAAUUAACAGAUGGCAAGCACAAUUUGUAUUAUUCGAUCCACUCAAAGCUAUUAGCUCUUUGUUAGAAAAACAAGAUCGUAUCGAAAUGUGUCGAUACGAGUUGACCGGACAGAUAUUCGGUCAAUUAAAGUUACAAUGUCACGGCAAUGUCUCCAUGUUUUCGAUGGUUUCCCAUUUUAGGCGUUACCGACGACAAGAAGGUACAUUAUUAGAAUCCUUUAAUUGCAGUGAAGACUUUAAGUACGAUGGGAGCCUUCUUAGAAGUGUGACAACGUACUACAAGUCAAAACUACAAGCAUUGAUGAAGUUGAUAACAGCAGAUAAAGUGAAAUGUACGCUUCGUGUUAUGACAGUCCAGUUGGAAAACAAGGAAGCCAAAGAACAUAUUCAAUCAUUGGAACCUCAUCACAUUAACUGGAACAACGUGGCUGAUUACAUUAGAAAGGAAUCCUUCUUUAAACUUGCUUACGCUUGCUCGAAUAAAGAAACAACCCAUUCUAUGCAUUUUAUGAAUUGGUCUACAAUUGUCUUUGGAACACAUAUACUUCAAUACGAUGAAAAACGGUUGGAAGUCCACAUGGAGCAAAAGAAAGUUUUACACGGCUUUUUCAUGAAACGUCAUAGUGAUGGCUACAUUCCAUAUUUCAGGAGAGAUGCUUUUGUUAUAUAUCCCUUGGAUAUAAGCAAUCGCAUCCUUGCGCUUAAGUAUCGCCACAAAUUUUUGGAGUAUUACUUCGACGUCGAUGAGUUCGAUGUAAACAUAACGGACAUUUGUGGACCAGACAUAUGUAACUGUCUUCAAAGACCUAACGUAUUUACACUGUCUUUUGACAUUAAAAAGAAAUAGGUAUAUUCUGCGCCAAUUGACUUAAGUAAAGGUACACAAAAGUCAAAGCCAAAUUGCACAAUUAUUAAGCAUUUUACUCGUUUUCUUUGUAUGUACAAAGUUUUAAGAAGUCAAACGUAAACAGCUAAUUUC